UGGAAGGAACUAGGAAGGCCAAGCCCAUCAUUCUCCCUUCUUCUCCCGUCCCGGCGGAACUCACCGGCGCCACCUCCCUCUCAGCCAGCCAUGGUGUCCGACGCCAGCAAGAAGAAGGCCGCGCAGAAGAAGGCUGCCGCCGCCGCAAAGAGGGGAGCCAAGGUGCCCACCCCCUCGUCGACCUCCUCUUCUGCCAAGGCCGCCGCCGACGCCCUCGCCGCCGUCCACCUCUCCGACCGCACCUGCACCGCCGUCCUCACCUCCCACCCGCUCUCCAGGGACAUCCACAUAGAGUCUCUCACUUUAACAUUCCACGGCCACGAUCUACUUGUAGACACCGAGCUGGAGCUCAACUAUGGCAGGCGCUAUGGUCUGCUUGGUCUGAACGGCUGUGGAAAGUCUUGCCUUCUCAAAGCAAUAGGAUGCAGAGAGCUUCCGAUACCUCAGCACAUGGAUAUUUACCACCUCAGCCAUGAGAUCGAGGCUUCGGACAUGUCCGCGCUUGGAGCAGUCAUUAGUUGCGAUGAAGAGAGAGUCAAGCUUGAAAAGGAAGCUGAGAUUUUGGCUGCUCAAGAUGAUGGUGGAGGUGAAGCUUUAGAGCGUGUUUAUGAGCGAUUAGAAGCAAUUGAUGCGUCCACCGCAGAGAAGCGUGCUGCAGAGAUUCUGUUUGGCUUGGGUUUUAACAAGCAGAUGCAGGCCAAGAAAACUAGAGAUUUUUCUGGUGGUUGGCGCAUGAGGAUUGCUUUGGCUAGAGCUCUCUUCAUGAACCCAACCAUCCUCUUGCUUGACGAGCCUACCAAUCAUCUCGAUCUUGAGGCAUGUGUGUGGUUGGAAGAAACACUGAAGAAAUUUGACCGUAUACUUGUUGUGAUAUCACACUCCCAAGAUUUUCUGAAUGGAGUAUGUACGAAUAUCAUCCACAUGCAGAACAGGAAGCUUAAGCUGUACACUGGUAAUUUUGACCAGUACGUUCAGACACGGUCUGAACUGGAAGAGAACCAGAUGAAGCAGUACAGAUGGGAGCAGGAUCAGAUCUCCGCGAUGAAGGAGUACAUCGCGCGUUUCGGGCACGGGUCUGCAAAGCUGGCACGGCAGGCUCAGAGCAAGGAGAAAACGCUUGCUAAGAUGGAGCGCGGCGGGCUGACGGAGAAGGUCGCAAGGGACAGGAUCCUGACGUUCCGCUUCACGAACGUUGGCAAGCUCCCGCCGCCUGUGCUGCAGUUUGUGGAGGUGACGUUCGGGUACACGCCAGAGAACCUGAUCUACAAGAAGCUGGACUUCGGCGUGGACCUGGACUCUCGGGUGGCGCUGGUGGGCCCGAACGGUGCAGGGAAGAGCACUCUGCUGAAGCUGAUGACGGGUGAGCUUGUGCCGCUGGAUGGGAUGGUGCGGCGGCACAACCACCUGCGGAUCGCGCAGUUCCACCAGCACCUGGCAGAGAAGCUGGACUUGGAGCUGUCGGCGCUGCAGUACAUGCUGAACGAGUAUCCGGGCAACGAGGAGGAGCGGAUGAGGGCAGCGAUUGGGCGGUUCGGGCUGUCAGGAAAGGCGCAGGUGAUGCCGAUGCGGAACCUGUCGGACGGGCAGCGGAGCCGGGUGAUCUUCGCGUGGCUGGCUUGGCGGGAGCCGCAGUUGCUGCUACUGGAUGAGCCAACGAACCACCUGGACAUCGAGACGAUCGACUCACUGGCGGAGGCCCUGAGGGAGUGGGAUGGUGGCCUGGUGCUGGUGAGCCACGACUUCCGGCUGAUCAACCAGGUGGCAGAGGAGAUUUGGGUGUGCGAGAAUCAAGCGGUGACGCGGUGGGGAGGGGACAUCAUGGAGUUCAAGGAGCACCUGAGGAGCAAGUCGGGGCUGUCGGAGGACUGAUGAGAGCUGUAGACUUUUGAGAUGGUUCGUUUGAUUGAUGAAUGUUGUAGCCAGUAGUAUUGAGGAGAGAACAUGAUUACCUAGGUGUUUUUCCGAAGGAAUGGAUGGGGUGCAUGCUAUGACGGAUGGUGCUGAGACACUGCUGAUUAUAUUUAUGCGUGGCACGGCACGACAGGCACCAAUCAGAUGCGUGUAACCUGAAUAUUUUGAAUGUCUUAUGUUUGUUAUGUAUGGAA